AUGGCGGCUAAGUACGGCCUAAUGCUACAUCAGAUGGACGUCAAGACAGCGUUUCUUAACGGCUCCCUCAACGAAGACAUCUACAUGGACCAGCCGGACGGAUACCUGGAUGCAACACAGCCGGACUAUGUGUGCAAGCUAAAGAGAUCACUCUACGGCUUGAAGCAAUCGCCUCGCAUGUGGAACCAAACAAUCGAUGGGUUCAUGAUCAAGAUGGGAUUCAAGAAGUGCGAAUCGGACCACUGCAUCUACAUCAAGCGAGACGACCAAGACAUGAUUCUCGUGGUGCUCUACGUCGAUGAUCUCAUCCUGGCCAGCAGCAACAACGAACUCCUCAAGUCAACCAAGAUGGCGCUGAGCAAACGCUUCGAAAUGACGGAUCUCGGUGAGCUCGAUUACUUUCUCGGCAUGGAGAUCAAGAACGACCGUAAGACGGGAAUGGUGACUGUACAACAAACCAAGUUUCUCAAGUCCGUGUUAACCAAGUUCGGAAUGGAUAACAGCAAGCCAGUGAAGACGCCUCAAGAUCCCGGCCUGAAGCUAACCAAGAACAUGUGUGAACAAGAAUGCAAGCACGAAGACACCAUGUGCAACGUGCCAUAUCGAAGUGCUGUCGGAGGCAUCAUGUAUCUCAUGGUCGCCACACGUCCGGAUCUAGCUGCUGCAGUGGGAUCAUUAUCCCAGUUCUCGUCCGACCCAUGCCCGACUCACUGGCAAGCUUUGAAGCGUGUGCUGAGAUACCUGCAAGCAACGCCCAAUCAUGGUCUUGAGUUUACACGUGAAGAAGGAAGCCGUAUCUGCGGGUACACCGACGCAGACUGGGCCGGCGACAUUGAGUCAAGACGAAGUACAAGCGGCUAUGUGUUCAUGAUGAGCGGAGGAUGCAUCAGCUGGAAAAGCCAGAAACAACGGACGGUCGCGCUAUCUUCAACAGAAGCAGAAUACAUGGCGCUUUCCGAAGCAACCAAAGAAGCAGUAUGGCUCAAAGUGCUUUUGGGGGAACUUGGUGAGAUGACAAGCGACGAAGCGAUCAAGAUGUAUGAAGACAACCAAGGAUCAAUCGCUCUCGCCAAGAACCCGGAGUUCCAUAAGAGAACAAAACACAUCGACAUACGCUACCAUUUUGUGCGUGAGAAGGUGGAAUCAGGUGAAGUCGUUUUGGAGUAUUGCCCGACUCAAGAUAUGCUGGCAGACAUGAUGACCAAGCCGAUCGCCGCUGUACAAUUUGAAAACAUUCGCGAUCGACUUGGGAUCCAAGGUGCCGCAGCUAACGAGUCGAGAGGGAGUGUUGAAAAGACAGCGGCUGUGAAGAAGACACCUCGUCAAGCUGCGUCAAGUGUUGAAGCAAGUGGAAGACCAAGCUUCGCUAUACCGGUGGGUACCGGUAUGUACCAGUAA